AUGGUGUCCUGGAAGUCACGCCUGGACAGAGGUGAGGCCCCAUUCACCCCCUUUUGCAGAAGCAAAAGGUUUGCCCGCGUCAAAGAGCCCACGGCUCCGAAGGAAGGGAUGGCGGCGGGCGCAGAUGUGAAAGCGCCGUGUGACGCACUUCCUUCCCCAAGCCUGGAGCCCUACCCGCAGAGCUCCAUCGUGGUCACCCUCGAGGACAUGGGUCUCUGGAUGAAGUUUCAUCAGAUAGGAACGGAGAUGAUCAUCACCAAAUCGGGCAGACGAAUGUUUCCACAAUGCAAAAUCAAAGUCUCUGGCUUAAUCCCAUAUGCCAAGUAUCUCAUGCUGGUAGAUUUUGUACCAAUGGACAACUUCAGGUAUAAGUGGAAUAAAGAUCAAUGGGAAGUGGCUGGAAAAGCAGAGCCCCAACUCCCUUGUCGCACCUACGUCCACCCAGAUUCCCCAGCUCCUGGAAGCCACUGGAUGAAAGAACCUGUCUCCUUCCAAAAGCUGAAGCUCACCAACAACACUCUGGACCAACAUGGGCAUAUCAUCCUCCACUCCAUGCACCGUUACAAGCCUCGCUUCCACAUUGUGCAGGCAGAUGACCUCUUCAGUGUCCGCUGGAGCAUCUUCCAAGUCUUCAGCUUCCCGGAGACUGUCUUCACGUCUGUCACUGCUUACCAAAACGAGAAGAUCACAAAACUCAAGAUUGACAACAAUCCAUUUGCUAAAGGCUUCCGGGAGCAUGGAAAGAACACCCGAAGGGAAGGACGAGCCAAGUGCCAGAAAUCCAGUCCAGGCAAAAGCCAGAAGAGGAAGCUGCCCGAGGAAAAGGAGUCCAGUGCUGAGGAACGUGACUUUACGAAAGAUGAGAAUGUGGAUGUCAAGGAAGAGAGUAACCCGGUGGUGGUCAGCAGCGGAUACCCCUUCUGGACGGCGGAGCAGAGCGGCAGCCAAGCCUUUCCCGCGGCGUCGCCCGCGCCGGCCGACCAGCGGGAGGCUCCGGCCAGAGAGCAGCAGGUGCCGACGCCGUCCUACCAGGCGUACCGCUUUCACGAAGCCGGGGAUGCCCAGCAGCUGCCCGCCCGCGAUGUCGCUGCGCUGAACGACUUCCGGGCGAGGUGCCACCCCUUGGAUCUGGCCACGGUGCCCGAGCACGACUCCAAGCAGCUCUCGGAGGGUUUCGCCAACCUGCCUCCGCUCCCGCCGCCUCUGCCGCCCCCCCAGGACUAUGCCGGCGUGGUAAACAUGGCUAUGGAGUCUGUCGGGAAAGCCGGGGCGCGAGCGCCGGUGUACAGCCCGUACAGCGCUGAGCAGGGCCUCGGCCAGUGGAUGGUGCCUUCCCACAGCCAGUACCGGGCAAUGAGCUACUCCGCCUUCUCCACGGAUUAUAACACGCAAGGAGCUUCGGGACAUGCCCACGGGGCCAUGGCAGAGUGGAGCCAGUACCCGCUCUUCCCGUAUGCCUGCUGGUGAACCAGGAAGAACUUUCUCAAUGAAAAGACUAAAAGAAAAUUGUAAAUGAGAUCAAAUUUGCUCUGGAGUGUUACCUUGAAGCCUUGUCUACACUGGGCGAAGAGGCACUGCAGCAAACGGCAGCGCGGGACACCUCCACUUCCUCGUCUCCUUGCCCAACAGCCCUCUCUGGUGUUUCACAAGCAGCGGCUGAGCCGGUGGCUGCACCAGCUACGUCAGUGCAGCUCUGUCUGCAUCGACGCGUUCUGCAGUGGUUUCUUUCCCGCGGGAAUAGGAAACCAGAAGAACUGCAAGAGCAGUACUUAAAAAGCUGCCAAACUCUCAGACCUAGGCUGUGUUUCCAUCUUGCAUUUGGAAGUUUCCAAACCCCUUUCCUCCCAGGACAUGCAUGCAAGGAGAAAGGGGCUGAGGAGUUUCAGUGAGCCUUCCUGCUGGCCAUACCGACAGUUUGGUCAUGAAGCUGUAGAGAAAUCAUUGCAAGGACAAGCAAAGCACACAAUCCCGGUGUCCUCGAGAGCAGCCUCCUCGCUUAGUGUAGUCAAGGUAAAGCUAGAGUCUUGCCUUUCUUCUAGCACCACGUGACAGUGAAAGACACAGCAAUGCACGUGUCUGUGGAGCACCGCUGUGGGUCAUGCAAGCAGAACUAUCAGCAAGGCUCUGCGCUGUGUCUGUGUGUCCCUCACGCCCAUCCCUCUUCUGUCACCCCUAAAUUUGAGGUUAGUGAAAUUCCUGCUGGCUGCGAAGGGGUCAUUCCUAGAG